AUGGCUGAGUCCGUAGGAUCCAUGCAUUUAGCAGCUAAUGGCAAAAUAAAUCCCCCAAAACCCUUGGUACCCAAAAUACCGCCUGAGAGUCGACCACAGUCUUCCAACGAUGUCUUCCCCCCACCGCCCAAGAAAGUCAGAAUCGAGGAGAAAAGCUUGAAGCAAAAGAAAUUGAACGGGGACGUAGUGUGCGCAGGGGAAAAACACAACGGGAAGCAGAGUUAUGGAAGCCCAGCGAAAUGGAGUUUCGGCCCGGCCAAGCCGAGCAACUCCACCUCGCCAGCUCCCGCACGAAAGAUCUUCAAGAUCAGCAACUUUCUUGCCUCUCCUUCGAAAGUGAAGAAACCGAAGGAGAAACGUCACAAGGAAAAAGAGAAGAGCGCUAAAACGCAGAGUUCACUCCUGGAGAAAGUGAGCCCUGCGAGUUGCCAUACAAAGACGGAGAAUGGUGAUGUGAAGAUGUUACGAGGUCAGUCUUCUGAAUAACGGAAUUCAUGUAAAAAGUCAUGAAAAACUAGGUUUUAAAUUACUAAGGCCAGCUGAUAACAUUAGUUACACAGGGCUACUGUACAGUAGGCCUACAUAAUGCCACUAGCCCCAGUUGUUUAUAUUACUACUGACUAAUAGGCCUACAGUUGAGAUGAAGUUGAACUUGAAUGACGUGUUGAUUGAUCACUAUCAAUAUGUUUGUUACUACAUCAUCUGUAUUCAAUUUCCAUAUUUAAGAUCACACUGGCAAAGACGAGGAGAGAGAGAAGAAAAGGGAGAACGAUAAAGAGAGGGACAGGGAGAAGAAGAACCACCAAGGGAUGGUUGUGAAUGAUGAUGGGAGGGAGAAUGGCGAGGUGAAAACGCCACUGAAAGGUAUGGGUGAGAUAAAAGCUCUUCUUCAUGGUGAUUGCUUGGAGAUUGAUGCCAUGUUUGUCAUUCCCAUGUCAGAGGUGUUCACACUGUUUUAGCUUCCCUCUCAUAAUAAAUUGAGUCAAUCUGUGAAGUAGCUAGGUAAUUUACCAGGACUAGUGCCUUCAAGAUGUAUGCACAUCUUAUUUACACCUGUUGGCUUACAUAUCUUCUCUUCCUUGCAGAGUCAACAGAAAAGCCAAAAUUCAACUCGGAGGACAAGCUCCACUUGAAAAAGCUAAAGAAGAAGAAGAAAAAGAAGCACAAAGACGGCGAGAGGGAAAGACGCAGCCGACCCAAGAUGUACCACCGCUCCAGUCAGACUGUGUGUUCUGGUGUAUUUGUGGACCUGCCGGACCUGCUCAACACACCAGACAGAAGUAACAACAGCACCAAUAACAGUUUCUUCCAAACCUUCCCAAGUCCCCAUCAGGAUCCUUCCAGCACCACCACUAGUACUUCCGUGUCCACCUCUACGGCCUCCAUGGUCAGGGAGAGGUUGGGGUACGGCUCCCCCCUCCACAGUGCCCCGUCCCUUGGCAUGGCGGGGCUGGAGUUUGGCAGUCUGAUCCACGUGGAACAGCAGGCCAACGGCGGGGCGUUGGUGGCCCAUGCCUACACCCAGCAGCUGGCCUGUCUCUCCCCGGCUGAGAUGCAGCGCUUCGCCCAGGAGUUUGUCACCCUCUCAUUCAGCGAGGACCAAGCCGACGCGGCCCAUUACGUCAUGGGCAUCAUCCAUGGAGCGGCCUCCUACCUACCAGACUUCCUGGACUACUUCUCCUACAAGUUCCCCAAUGCGCCCGUCAAGAUGGAAGUGCUAGGGAAGAAGGAUAUAGAGACCACCACCAUGGCCAACUUCCACACUCAGGUCAGUGGAUGGAUGAGAGAGAAUGCUUUAUAAUGCUGGUAUAAUGCUGUUGUGCUUUAUAAGCAUCCCAAAGAAUCACCACCUCAGUACCAGCCACUUCCACACACUGGUGCUGAUGUUGUGUAUGUGUGACUUUGAAGUGCAUGUUGUUUUUGUAGCCCGGCGUCUUCACGGGACUAGAAUCUGUAGCCUCUCCAUCUGGGCCAUACCCAUUUUGAGAAGGGACUCUUUGUCUGUUCAUUUUGUUUACAUUUAGGCUUUGUUAUCUUUGCUCCAAAGUCGUUGGUGAAUCUUUGACGCUCCAUAUGUUAGGUUAUUGCCUGGAGGAGGGUUUGAACCAGCCUAAAAUGACAAAACAUAUCAAUCCCACCUCAUUGAUUUCCCACUGCGCCAAGGAUAUCGCUCAUCAGUCGAGGUUGCGCAACCAAGAAUGAAUCAUUUUAGCGAAUUUGGGGGGCAUUUUCUACCAAAAAUGAACAUACUCAAUGACACCAACCCUGUAGCGAAUCCCAACACGGCUGCUGUAUUUACCCUAGAAUUUGUUUUUUUAUGCUUUAUUUUCCUUACAGUAGAAAAGCAAUGGGGUUCUUCCGACAAUCCUCGCUCCUCUUACCCCGUAAAUCUGUCAUCAUCUAUAACUUUUGAAUAUGAAAACCCGUCAGGAUUCGAACUUGUAGAAGGGUAAAUAAAUGUGUUAAGCCUAAACACCACAGGAGUUCCAUAUUGUUUAUCCCAAUUAAGAGAAAGGACUUACUCUAUAAAGUGAAUUAAGAGGAAGGGGAGAACACUGACUAAUACAUCAAAUCACAUUUUAUUGGUCGCAUACACAUAUUUAGCAGAUGUUAUUGCGGGUGUAGCGAAAUGCUUGUGUUCCUAGCUCCAACAGUGUAGUAAUCUCUAACAAUUCACAACAGUACACACAUCUAAAAGCAAAAGAAUGGAAUUAAUAAAUAUAUAAAUAUGAGGACGAGCAAUGUCUGAGUCCGGUGUAUAAAUAUGUGUGUGUGAUGGGAUGUAUAGACAGUAUGUGGAUAGAAUAUUUAGUGUAUAUAUGUAGAAUACGUAGGAUAGAAUAAUAUAUAUAUAUAUAUACAUUUACAUUUUAGUCAUUUAGCAGACGCUCUUAUCCAGAGCGACUUACAGUUAGUGCAUACAUUUUUUUUAUUUUAUACUGGCCCCCCGUGGGAAACGAACCCACAACCCUGGCUUUGCAAACGCCAUGCUCUACCAACUGAGCUACAUCCCUGCCGGCCAUUCCCUCCCCUACCCUGGGCCAAUUGUGCGCCACCCCAUGGGUCUCCCGGUCGCGGCCAGCUACGACAGAGCCUGGAUUCGAACCAGGAUCUCUAGUGGCACAGCUAGCACUGCGAUGCAGUGCCUUAGACCACUGCGCCACUCGGGAGACUAUACAGCAAUGGUUUAAUAGGAUGGCAUUGACUAGAAUACAGUAUAUACAUAUGAAAUGAGUAAAACGGUAUGUAAACUCUUUAUUAAAGUGACCAGUGAUUCCAUGUCUAUGUACAUAGGGCAGCAGCCUCUAAGGUGCGGGGUUGAGUAACCGGGUGGUAGCCGGCUAGUGACAGUGACUAAGUUCAGGGCAGGGUACUGGGUGGAGGCCGACCAGUGAUGGCUGUUUAACAGUUCAUGGCCUUGAGAUAGAAGCUGUUUUUCAGUCUCUCGGUCCCAGCUUUGAUGCACCUGUACUGACCUCUCCUUCUGGAUGAUAGCGGGGUGAACAGGCCGUGGCUCGGAUGGUUGAUGUCGUUGAUGAUCCUUUUGGCCUUCCUGUGACAUCGGGUGCUGUAGGUGUCCUGGAGGGCAGGCAGUGUGCCCCCCCCCCGGUGAUGCGUUUAUUCGUCAUAUACACAGGAUACAGCGGGGUGUAAACGGUGCAAUGAAAUCCUUACUUGCAAGCUACCUCUCAACAUAGCCCUUGAUCAUUCAUGACUCUCAGUUCCAUUACAUUACACACGAGUAAUUGGACAAAGGUGUCUUCUGUACGGGGGAGUUUUGUUAAGAGCCCCAUCACUCGAUCUGAACAUCAACACACAUCGCUUGCGAUCCGGUUUUCGAAGCAUAAGGACCUUAUCUUCCAUACCAGCGAGAAAUAAUUUUCUAAAAACUAAAGGUUAAAUUGAUAUACACCUUAAUAUGGUUAGGGUUAGUGUUACCACAGGCCAUAUCUCCAUGUUACAGCAUGUGUUGACAGAUAUCAGGCGUAAGGCAGAGUCGACUACCUGUGCUAAUUAGCUAUCUACGUCUUUUAACAUGCGUGUGCAAACAGAAGACUGAUGCCACAAACGUGUUGUCACUGAAAAAUACUGUCGGCUGCAACUGUGUUAAAACCGGUCAAAACAGUACGUUUUGUAUUUUGCAUUUGUGAAAUUAUUUUGAUGUGAUAUGAAAGUAGAGGGAUUUAUGUUUCUAGAACCGUACCGCAAUUGAGAAUCGAUUCACAUUUAGAUGGAAUAUUUGGCUGUUUUGGCUUCCAGUGCCAAUUGGCCUCUAAACAGAACAUGUAAGGUCCUUGGACUAUAAGGAGUAACGUUAAGCUCCUUUAGUCCAUUGUUGGGCUACCUCUCAACAGUGCAGUGAAAUGUCAAAAACAAAAGUAAGAAAGAUAACACAAUAAGGCAAGUGGUAAAAUAUUAAAAGGUAUAAAAGUAGGAGUAAAACUAGCAGUUUUAUGUAAUAUGAAAUGUGCUAUGUCAACAAGUAGAUAAAGUGAGCAGUACAAAUAAAUAAUAGCAGCAGUGAUGUGAGUGUGCGUGCGUUAUGGUGUGCAUGCGUGUGUAAGGGCUGUAACUUUUGUGGAGCGAUAGGUAACAACGCUUUGUGCGUGUCAAGUUGUCGAUGUGUUCAGAGGGUCCCUGGUUUGAGCCUAGGUUGGUACAAGGAGAGGGAUGGAAGCAGUACUGUUACAGAGAGUCAGUGGAAAUGGUCUCUUAAGGUGCAGGUGAACAGCAGGUUGUGCAGGUGGACAGCUAAGCUUUUUAACAGUCUUAUGGCCUGGUGGUGGAUGUUCCGGUACUGUCUGCCAGACAGAAGCGAAGAGAACAGGCCGUGGCUGAAGUCCUUGGUGAUCUUCCUGGGGACGGUGCAGCUGCCUUUACAGGUGGUGAUGCAGCCAGACAGGAUUCUCUCAAUCGUGCAUCUGUAGAAGCUGGUGUCUUUCAGGACAAGGCUCCCAUCUAGCAACUUGCUUUGGAAAUAAGGGGGAAAGUUUGUAUUGAUGAGUAUAAGAUGUAAAGUGUCAUCACAGUGAGCAGAUUAGGUGUAUAGAUGGAACAUUUAAAUGAAUAGUGUCUAACCUUUACCUAACAUCUCAACUUGCUCAGCACAUUAGAACACACACACAUACAUAUAAACAUGUUUAUUAAAUAUCAACAGCUAGCUAGCCGCAUAAUUAAUUUAAGUAAUUUCAAACUAUCUGAAGUUAACUAGCUGGGCAACAAAACUUAGGCCUACUAUAAAAUCACACUUUAGGAUUUCAGCCUAGUAUGGAAAUAUUGGGGCUGACAUGAUGAGACAAACUAUUUUGACAACCUGUCAAAACAUGCAGCUAGCUACUGUUACUGUAAGUACUGUAGCUAGCUAGCUAAGUUGUUAGCCAUGUACUAAUGUGAUGUAGCCUAAUGCACUGAUCUUACCUGCUAGUGAUAGAUAUUCCAAUCGAAACAGCAGGCAACUUCUGAUUUCAGAAAAAGAUAACAUAAGCCGCGAAAGUUUUUAAACUUUACUGUUGGAUGAAAUGUUUAUGGUAGAGUCAGAGAGGAGAGAUGCUCCUCUUCUAGUUCCGGACACUUCCAUAGCUCUGUUCUCAUUGGUCAAUUAUUGGUAACUUCCUGGUUGCGCUGGCGUCUUGGAUUGGUUGGCGAGUGCAAUUUUUGGUUACUUCUUGGUUGUAGACGGCGAUAUGAUUGGUUGUCACAACCAGAAAUGUCCUUGACUCACUGUUGUCAGGGGUCCUCACUAGAUGGAUAUUAAAUACAUGAUUGGAGAUGGAACAUCUCAAGGAUGACCCGAGCAGCUCAUUCUCUUCUCUCCUCUGUUUGUGAAAGCUAGGCUAUGCGUGACUUGUUGACUCUGCACUAGGUUUUGCUAGUGUGACUCCUUGACUCUUCUCUGAGUGUUUGUUUCCUUUCAGAAUCUGCAUUUAUAUUUCCCCUCGACCAGGAACUCUUACUCCUGUAUCCUAGCAACCCUGUUUCCUUCCUCCCUGCAGAUCGUUUGAAAGGUCUACUGCUCUCUCUGAGACGCCACGUGCUUGAACAUUCAACAACGCUGAAGAUGACAGGCAGUCACUUACUACUUGACUUGAUUCCAUCAUGUGAACAAACACUGAAGGGUGUUGAAGGAAUAUUAGUGAGCUUCUGUUGCCAUUAGUAACUGUGUGUAUUGGGCCAUGAGACAGACACCUGCUACUGCUAGAUGUUGCUGAUAUUAAUGGAUUCUUGAUGGAUAGAUAGUCAGCUUGUCUUGCGAUAUAAUGUGUUAUGGUGUUAACAGGCAAUUUCUGCAUGAUGGGAAGAAGAUGCUGAAUCAGCCGAGUGACUGUAUUUAGAUUAAACUGCAUCUUGUCAAAAUGACAGUAACAUUUCUCAACAUCAUGUAAAAUAAAAGUUGAAAAAUGGAGUUGGUUGAAUGUUUGUCUUCUUUGUCUGCCACCUGUCUGUUGGUAGAUGUCUUUCUAGUCUUAUUUACUAUUUCAGCAGACGUGUAUCUGAUGCUAGUGUCUCUCUUGACUCCUACUUCCAGAGCACUAACCUGUCCAUCAUCUGUCCAUUCACAUCUCCCAUUCUAACCUGUCUCCCCCCUGUGUCUCUGCCCCCAGGUGAAGCGUACCUACUCCCAGGGGACGUACCGUGCAGGGGCCAUGCGGCAGGUCAGCCUGGUGGGGGCCGUGGACGAGGAGGUGGGAGACUACUUUCCCGAGUUCAUCAACAUGCUGGAGGAAUCUCCCUUCCUUGAGGUGGGUGUAGAGUAUAGGUCUUCUCGGAUCCCAAAGUUGAGAUCCGAACCGAAUUGGAUCCGUUAAAUUCCUACCCGACCCCGACAGGAUCCGGUAAUAAAAAAUACAUCAUUUAUAUCCGAUUUGGAUCCGAGGUGGACCAGAUCAGACCCAAAACAUGUCAGAGCUGAGAGAGAAUCAGAUCCAAAUUGGGUCGGGUCUGUAUCCGACCAAAAUGGCUCCUAAAUAUUUUUUUUAAAUGCAGCUUUUUUGCCUCGCAAGACAGUGAAAUUGUUUUGACUUGUCUGGCAGUGAACUUUAACCUGCAUUUUCAGUUGUAUCUAAAAUAAUUGAUUUGUAGUCUACUGCUUAGUAUUUUCAUAACAUCCCUAUAGUUAGAUGGAGAACAUUAUGAAGUUUUCAGAAAGGUUUUCCUUAUUUCUGUUGAUCAAAUAUUUAAGUAGGAUAAAUGUUUUAUGUGAUGAUCAUCACGUGCCAGAAUGAGAGCAGCAAAUAGUUCACUUUUGUCUGUAACCUAAUAAUAUUCUAUAUGCCUAUUCUUUUACUGAGCAACAUUACAAUCUAGCCUAUUUAACUGUUUUGAUCAACAUUGAUUUAGACUAAAGGUAGGUUAUAGUCUGUUUGACCAGCAAGCUUGAAAUUCAAAAUCAAUUUUGAAUAAGCUACGGAAGUAUGGCGUUUCCCAUGUCAUUUCCAACUAUUUAGAUUUGUAGGUCUAGAUUCGUUUUCCCGCUAUGACAACGCUAUAAUUGGAUGUAGAAUAUUUAGAGUUUUUCAGAGAUCUGUUCAUUUGUUUCUGUUGACCACAUUUUUAGAUUAAGAUUUUUGUGGUGAUUUUAGGACGGUGAAAACACAUUAUGUGGUGAGUGCUGUGUGUUAGACAUAUUUUGGUAGGCUAUUUCUAUAACUCAGGUCUAAUUCAUUGUAAUAAGCUAAUAUUUUUUGUUCUACAUGAAAUGUAGAUAUAUCCUUUAGGCCUACAGAAUUAGCCUAUACAGCCUGAGAUUGGUUUGGAUGCGGGUUUGAUAGAAGUGUAAUCCACACCACCGCUUUGUAGGCCUCCCGUCCAGAGAGCUAAUCAAAUAUUGGAUAGAGAAGUUGUCUUGAUAUUUCUUAUACCGAUCCAUGCCUUACACAAUCAAUAAAUCGGCAGCCUUUCAACAUUAGGCUACAAUACUUUCUGCAGAUAAGCCUAUGGCUAUCAGUCUACCGCACACACACACAGCCUGCACACACAACAUGAGCAAAUGAACUUGGUCAAACAUUUUUUUUAUUAAAGACUAUCGGAAAGCAUUUGUCGGUAACUGCAUUAUAGUAUAACUCCUUUAUUUUGAACAAAACCACGAAACUAGUGUAUAAAUUGAGUGAGUCAUCUUUAUGCUGACAAAUAUCACACUUGACUCGAGUCAUUCAACAUUAGUUGACAAACUGUUAUUUUAAACAAAAAUACCCCCCCAAAAUAGCAAAAUAGCCUAUAAAUAGGCCACGCCUAAACUAAUAAAUUAGAUAGCAUAAAUAAACAAGUAAAUUGAAUAAAUAAAACUAUUAAAUUAAAUAGCUCAGGUCUUGGAAAUCUGGGCUACUUUUUUCCCCCUCUGUAUGUGCAUAAAUUAGGUGAAUACAAACAAUUUGCCUGUCGGGUUUUUCCUUCCUGUGCUCUUUCAUUCUGUUUCUUCUUCACAUCUGCAAAUAAUGACUCAACGUUUCAGAAAUUAACUUUAUAUAAUCUAGGGGCGAUCACUCUUUCCCACUGCGUCCUCCUGCUCUCCCACAACAAGUAGCCUGUUUUACCCCGCGUCACGUGGCUCAUUUUCUUAAAGCCAAUAUGCCGUUUUGACACAAUGAUAUUGACACAUUGGGUUUGAUGAAAGGGGACCCCCUGACAGUCAUUUAAGAUAAUAAAAUGUAAAUGUGUGACAUUUGUGUUUGUUGUUUAGGAACUAAACUCUUCAAAUAUAAUUUAGGAUCCGGUCGGUAUUUCACAUAUUUUCAUACAGAUCCGAGGUCCAUGGCCACCGAGCGGGAUCCGACCUGGGAUCUGAGGGUUAACUACAAAAUGUGGGAUCCGACCCGGUCGGAUCCCGGGUAACCGGGUUCGUGUAGAUUCGUGAAGACCUCUAGUGUAGAGUGUGUGUGUGUGUGUGUCUGUGUGAGUGUUUUAGCGUAAUUUCAUCAGCACUGUGCUAUUCUACUUUUGUUUAUUUUCACAUAAAUGAAACUUUAACAACAGACAUAAAUAUAUACAAGUAAAUGAGCUGAUGUGUAAUUGUGUGUGGUCCCAGCGUACCCUGCCCUGGGGCACGUUCUCCAGCCUGCGCCUGCGGAGCCCCACAGAGAGUGACGACGGGCCCAUCAUGUGGGUCAGACCAGGGGAACAGAUGAUCCCUGUGGCUGACAUGCCCAAGUCCCCCUACAAGAGAAAGAGGUGCGUUGUUUUGUUUGGCAUGGUAGUUUGUCCACCGUAGUGAAAAGAUUGCGUUAGGUCUAGGCUUGGUAGGGACAAGAACCAAGGCAUGGUAGCAAGCCACCAACAUGACAUUAGACCUAAUAGCUGACAACAAUGAAGUAGUCUGAGGUAUUUUAGGAUUUUGUAUCCUUAUGCCACAUCCUAUGGCAUUUUGUUGCUACUUUUAAGGUAAAUUUACAUUUCCCCCUGUUCCAGGUCGACCAAUGAGAUCAAGAACCUGCAGUACCUGCCGCGGGCUAGCGAGCCCAGGGAGAUGCUGUUUGAGGACAGGACCAGAGCCCACGCCGACCACAUCGGACAGGGCUUCGAGAGACAGACCACCGCAGCCGUGGGGGUGCUCAAGGCCGUGCGCUGCGGAGAGGGGUGGGUACACACCUGGCCUCUGUACCCCUGACCUAGUAUACACACACACACCCCUUCCAUAUCUGUACACACCUGAGCUCCUCUUGCUGACAGUGUCUCUAUCCCCCGUCUGUCCCUGUAGUGAUGCUCCUGCCAGGAUAACCAAAGAUGUGGUGUGUUUCCACGCUGGAGAUUUCCCUGAAGUGGUCCAGAGGCUCCAGCUAGACCUGUACGAACCACCCCUCUCACAGGUACGUCUGAGAUCAAUGGAUUCUACAUGGACCAUUAGAACAGAUUAUUAACCAAUGACUGUGUGUCAAUGGUGGCUUUAACCAACAUAAUAAUCUCCUUUCCUUCCCUCCUCCCUUUCUGCUCUCUUCUCUUCCCCCCCUUCCCUCCCAUUCUCCUCCUUCCACUCUCCCCCUCUCCCUCCGUAGUGUGUGCAGUGGAUAGACGAUGCCAAGCUGAACCAGCUGAGGAGAGAGGGCAUCCGCUACGCCCGUAUCCAGCUCUACCAUGACGACAUCUACUUCAUCCCCAGGGGAGUGGUGCAUCAGUUCAAGACUGUGUCUGCUGUCUGCAGCCUGGCCUGGCACAUCCGCCUCAGACAAUACCACCUGGACCAAGAGAGGGAGGAAGAGAGCUGUACUUCUACACAGGCAGCAGGUCAAGUCAUAGAGGAAGAAACGGAGGAAAGUGAGGAGGAGGGAGGGAAAGAGGACACUCCUACGCAGACGCAGGUAAAGACUGAGGAAAAGGAGGAGGCAGGGGGAAGGACGCCUGUACAUGAGCCGCCACCAGUUUGCAAGGAGGAAGACGACACGGAGGAGGAGGGAGGGGAGAGAGGAGGCUGCACAUCUACACUGGCAUUCCCUUUGGUCAAGGAGGAGAGGAAGGAAGGAAACGCAGUCACAGAGACACUACUGGAAGUCAAGAAAAGAAAGGAGGAUGACGAGCAUCACAAGAUAGAAGAGAGGGAGAGAAAAAGAGCAAGAGAUGGCAGUACACCCACGCAGAUGCCACCACAAGUGCAGAUGGAGGGAGAUAGUGAACUCUCAAAGGCGUCACAACAGACUGGCAUAGAGAGAGAGGAGGAAGGAAGACAUCAGAAGACACCUCCACAAGCCCAGAAAGAAAGAGAGAGGCUAAUAGAUGGUAGCACAGCCACACAAACACCUCCACAAGCCCAGAAAGAGAAGGACAAAGGGAAGGGGAAAGAUUUGGAGAAAGAUGAAAAAGAGAGGGAAAAGGAGAAAGUGGAGAGGGUGAAAGAGAAGAAGGAGAGGGGGAAAGAGAAAGAGGAGCGGGGGAAAGAGAAGAAAGAGAGGGUGAAAGAUAAGGACAGAGAAAGGGAGAGAGGGAAAGAUAAGGAGAAGGAUAGAGUGAAGGAGAAAGAGAAGGGGAAAGAUGAGAGUGUGAUGGAAAGCACCACACAAACAGAGAUGUCUCCACCCAUUAGGAAAAAGGAGGAUGAGGAGAGGGCAAAAGAGGAGAGGAAAUACAUCCAUCCAUCCCAACACGCCCAGAGGGAGGAGAAGGGAGUGAGGGAGACAGACAUGGCCUCAAAGACACAGCCUCAAAUCAAGAAGGAACGAGACCGGGACAGAGGUGGUAGUGGUACACAGACACACACACGGCAAGAGAGAGAGGAGGGCAGAGAGAGCAGCACAUACAGACACAAACCCUCACAUGGAAAGAAGGACCGAAACGGGUAUAGAGAGGGGAAAGAGGGUAACCCAUCCACCCACCCCAAUCCAGGGAGAGAGGAGGAUGGGAAGGUUCUCAUUCCUAGACACACACCCUCUCAUGUGAAGGAGGGAAAGAGAGAUAGAGAGGUCAACCAUAAGGACGAGAGGAAGAAACCGCCCCCUGCCCCUAGCUGCCCCCCCUCGUACCAUAAACCCCCACGGACACUCGUAACCUUUGACCUCUUUAAGCCUAUGGAUGCACUCCAAGCCCCGCCCCUCUCCCUGGCAGACAGGUCUCACCACCACAGUGACUGUCGAGGUGCUCGCUCCAAGUCUGAGAGUCGGACACUAGCGUCCUCUAAAGGACCAAAAGUAAAGGACACAACACACACCAAACCUACAGUUCCUCUCCAGGACACACGGCCGCAUCACUCCCUAAAACACCCCCUGAAACCACACACCACACACCCACAGCAUAAAGACUUUUUAUUAUGA